CUGACACCCGCGCAAGUCGCCAUUGCAAACCAUCUCUCCUGACCUUCUGAAGAGUUUUCAUUUAGAUUGAUAUCUUAACCACAUAAACACUUGACUGGAGAUCAGUGCUGCGACCUUCACAUAUCUCAAGGGAAGCUAAAAUAAUAAUAAAAAAAAAAUCUAUGAAGAAGGAGGAACUUGCUGCUAUGGAUGGCAUGUAAGAAACCCCAGAUAUAAUCUGAAGUUCUGAAGUUCAGAGGAUAUUGUUAUGUCUGCAUUUGUGUUGGGCUGAUGACUAAGAGGUACACUAUCAAAAUCCUAGUAUGAAGAAUCAACUGGCUGAUAGACCUCCAUCAAGUUUGGUAUGAAAGCAGAUGAAACGAGAUGGUGGCAGUUGGAAAGUGGAGGUACUAGCGGUCGUUAUGUUCCUUUUCUCCAACUGAUUUUCAAGCUUCGCACCUGCUGUUGCUGUGAAUCCUACACGGACUCCACCUUGAACUCGCAGCUUCAGCAGCCAAUGGGUGCUAGGCAAAGACAACUAGAGCUGACGAGGGAGGACGCUCUACCAUCCAUAUCAUUAUGGGAGUAUUGCUGGAAGACAAUCCCUAAGGGUGGGGACCUGAGGCUUAAAGUUUUAGACCUUGGGGAGAAUAUUGUCUACAAACACAUGAUGUGUUCAAGCUAAGGUAUGGAAUGGGAAGCUAGAAGAGAAGGAUGCAGCAGAAAAUCGCCACCCUCACUAGUUUGGCUCCAGCCAGAUCUACUACGGAGAAGCAAUGACAACAACUGCAAAAAAUACAGGGCAAGAAAAGUUGUGCAGAGCAUGUCCCUGUGACCCCCACCUCCCCAUCCUCAAAGCCAUACCAGCAGAUACGUAGCUUCAGUCCUACAAAGGGUGCUAAUCCCAUGGAUCUAACCAAACAUUUACUUGGAAUUCAACUCCAUCUGUGGUGUAUCUUCAAAAUAUCUUGGAAUACUAAGACAAUGCACUUAGACAGAAGAUAGAGAGAUGUUGAAGAGACCCAAGGACACCUGCCCAGAAAAAGAAAAACCACGUCUGCCCUGAGAAUGGAGCUUGAGUGUGUCUACUCUACAAAGCCAAGACCAAACCCGUGACUCUCGGUUCCAUGGAGCAGACCCUUUCAGGUUCCUCACCCCUUCUGACAUGGACUUACCGUGCGAGGUCUAUCUGCUGGUGGGUUUGCUCACCUGCCUGGCCUUGCAGUCCUGGGCACAGGAGAGGGAAUAUACAGUUCGAGAGGAGUUGCCGGAGAAUGUCCGGAUCGGGAACCUGCGCAAAGACCUGGACUUGGCCCUCGACCCAGAUGUCAAGCUCUCCUCACCCUUGCAGUUCAAGCCCGUUUACAAGACUGGGGACGUACCUUUAGUGAGAGUGGAAGCCAGCACGGGGGACAUCUUCACCACCUCCAACCGCAUCGACCGCGAGAAGCUCUGCUCUGGCGUCUUCACUGAAAAGCGCUGCUUCUAUGAAAUCGAGGUGGCUGUGCUGCCCGACGAGAUUUUCCGCCUCGUCAAGAUCCGCUUUCAGAUAGAGGACAUCAAUGAUAAUGCCCCACUCUUCCAGUCCACGGUCAUCAACAUUUCCAUCCCAGAGAACACAGCCAUUAACUCCCGUUACCCUGUGCCCUCGGCUCUGGACCCAGAUGUGGGAAUCAAUGGGAUUCAACACUACGAGCUUGUAAAGAGCGUGAGCGAGUUUGGGCUCGACAUCAUCGAGACUCCAGAAGGAGACAAGUGGCCUCAGCUUAUCGUUCAACAGAGCCUUGACCGUGAGCAGAAGGACACGUUUGUGAUGAAGAUAAAAGUGGAAGAUGGAGGGACUCCCCCCAAGUCCAGCACGGCCAUUCUGCAGGUCACCAUUUCAGACGUGAAUGACAACCAACCGGUGUUCAAGGACAAUGAGGUGGAGGUGACCGUCCCUGAGAACGCGCCCGUUGGCACUUCUGUCACUCAGCUCCAUGCCACAGAUGCGGACCUGGGAUCCAACGCACAGAUCCACUUCUCCUUCAGCAAUCAGAUCUCUCCUGCCACCAAACAGCUCUUUACCAUUGACAGCACCACUGGACUGAUCGCGAUAAGGCAGCAGUUGGACAGGGAGGUGACUCCAGUUCACAAGCUCAUCGUGCUGGCGAGCGAUGGCAGCUCCACCCCUUCCAGAGCCACAGUGACAGUCAAUGUCACAGACAUUAAUGACAACGUCCCAUCCAUUGACACACGCUAUAUAAUGAACCCUGUCAACGGCACUGUGUUGUUGUCAGAAAAUGCUCCUCUUAACACUAAAAUAGCUCUAAUUACAGUGACAGACAGGGAUGCGGAUCUGAAUGGAAAAGUGACAUGCUAUACCGACCAUGAUGUUCCAUUUAGGCUGAAGCCUGUUUUUGACAACCAGUUCUUAUUAGAAACUGCAGCUCCUCUCGAUUAUGAGACGACGAGGGAGUACGCCAUCAGGAUAGUGGCCUCGGAUUCUGGAAAACCUCCUUUAAACACCUCGGCUAUGGUCCUAAUAAAAAUCAAGGACGAAAAUGACAAUUCGCCCAUCUUCCCUCAGCCCGAAAUCCAACUCUCCAUUCCAGAAAACAAUGACCCCUCUACGCAGCUCAUAAAAAUCAGUGCCACCGAUGCGGACAGUGGCCGCAAUGCAGAGAUCACUUAUACGCUGGGUCCCAAUCCACCUGAGGCUUUUAACAUCGAUCGACGAUCAGGUAUCCUUUCUGUUGGGAAAAGACUGGAUAGGGAAAAGCAGGACAAGUACUCCUUCACUGUUGUGGCGAGGGACAGUGGCUCUCCACCUCUUCAGAACAAUGUCACCGUGAAAGUCAUAGUGCAAGACAUUAAUGACAAUAGUCCAGCCUUCACGCACCCAGAGUAUAAUUUUUAUGUGCCUGAAAACCUGCCUUUACAUGGAACAGUAGGCUUGAUCACAGUAACAGAUGCAGAUGCUGGUGAUAAUGCUGUGGUCACACUCUCCAUAUUGAAUGUCAAGGAUAACUUUAUCAUUGACCCGAAAACUGGUGUGAUCAAACCAAACAUUACAUUUGACAGGGAACAGCAAAGCUCCUACAGCUUUGUGGUGAAGGCAGUGGACGGAGGUCGGCCGCAAUGUGUCUCGUUUGCUAAAGUCACCAUCAAUGUUGUAGAUGUAAAUGACAACCGGCCAGUUUUUGUUAUCCCCUCAUCGAACUACUCAUAUGACCUCGUUCAGUCUACAACCAGCCCUGGGUCUGUGGUGACGAGAGUCUUUGCCAUAGAUAAUGACACAGGGAUGAAUGCAGAGCUUCAGUACAGUAUUAUUGGGGGAUCUCCAAAGGGCCUGUUUGCCAUUGACAAAACAACUGGAAACAUUACUUUGCAAGAAAAGAUUGUCCCGGCUGAUCAGGGCCUACACAGACUGGUGGUUAAGGUCAAGGACCUGGGGCAGCCAGAGUCCUUGUAUGCCAUUGCCCUGGUCCAUUUAUUUGUGAAUGAAACAGUAUCCAAUGCCACUUUCAUUCAGGAGCAACUGCGCAAGAGUCUUGAGACCCCUUUAGAUCGCAAUGUCGGCGACAAUGAGGUCACACCUCAAGGCAACAGCUACAUUAUUGUCGUCAUCGCUAUCAUUGCAGGCACGAUGACGGUCAUCCUGGUCAUUUUUGUGACUGCUCUGGUUCGCUGCCGUCAGACGCCAAGGCACAAGGUGGUUCAGAAGGCCAAGCAGAGUGGCGAGUGGGUGUCACCUAAUCAAGAGAACCGUCAAACGAAGAAGAAGAAGAAGAAAAAGAAGAGGUCUCCAAAGAGCCUCCUGCUGAACUUUGUCACAAUUGAAGAAUCAAAGCCAGAUGAUCCUUCCCAUGAGCACAUAAAUGGAACCUUGGACCUCCCAGUAGAGCUGGAGGAGCAAACCAUGGGAAAAUACAAUUGGGCCACCACACCAACCACCUUUAAACCUGACAGUCCAGACUUGGCGAAGCACUACAAGUCUGCAUCCCCUCAACCAACCUUCCAAAUUAAACCAGAGACCCCCGUCGCUCCCAAGAAACACCACGUCAUUCAGGAGCUCCCGCUGGACAACACCUUUGUAGUGGGCUGUGACUCCCUGUCAAAGUGCUCCUCCAACAGCUCUGACCCUUACAGCGUUUCAGAGUGCGGCUGUCAGGGAAGUUUCAAGAAUCCUGGGCAGAUCCACACCCGCCAGAAUCGGGGUCAGCAUCCAGACGCAACAUUUCCUGCCAUCCAACCCACGUGUCCACAUAAGACACAGCGGCGCGUGACCUUUCACCUCCCAGAUGGCUCACAGGAGAGCUGUAGCGACAGCGGCUUAGGGGACCAGGAGCUCACCAGCAGCACCAGCACAACCCACCCUCUCCCACUGGGCUUCCCUCAGGAGGAGUUCUAUGAGCAGUCCUCUCCCAACAGCCGUACAGAAGGAGAUGGUAAUUCUGACCCGGAAUCCACCAUCGAGGUGAACCUGCAGAGGGCCAUGGCUGAAGCUUCGGAGACCUGCACACAAGAGUGCCUGAUCCUGGGCCAUUCCGACAGCUGCUGGAUGCCUCCAGCGCUGACCCAGUUCCAGCCCUCCCACAAUGCCACUUUGCCAAAUUUCAGCUUUCAGCAGGGCUGGUCCUGUGGAACCAAGUCCGAUGGGUGCCACACCCUCGGCAGAUCCAUGCCUAAAGAUGAACUGGACAAAGGUAGUAACCGGCCCCAAUUCUACAACACCAUCGAGAGACACUGCAGCAACAAAGAGGACCCCGUCAAGGUCAUCCCCCUAGCCAACUUUACACCAUCCGCACAACAGUCACCAGCCACUGGGGGCACCAGCGCCUUCAUUCAUGAGCAUCAGCUAUAAAACGCGUCAUGACUGGUGGUCAGUGGCUUGCCCCUUCAUGUCUGUGCCACAUACCAGCUUGUGUGUAUUUGGAGAAUACAAAAAAGAACCUUAAACUUAUAAUAUUCAUGAAUAUUAUAUUAAGGUUAUUGAUACUAUAAAAGACAGUGCUGUAUACUGUAUAUCAUGCUCCAUGAAGUAAGUACCUGUAAAUAAAAAGUAGUUCUAAACCAAAGUAGCUCCUCAUCUUACGAAGAGGGAAAAAAGGUAACCAUGAGUUCAUUCAUUUAAUGUUUAAUGAUUACUGUUAAAGAUACACAUAGACUGAAAUGCAGUGUUCGCUUAUGGCCCUUUGAAAAUGUAACAUCAUAAUAGAUAAAUACCCGCAGAGAUGGCCGGAAGCUAUUUAAAGAAUCCUAGUAAAAAAUAAAGAUAUAAAAUAAAGAAAUAAACAAACUGCAAAUAAAUAAGGCAAAAUAAAAUUUGCUGGCACUGUUUGGGCACAGUGUGGCUGUUCACUCUGCUGGGACUGUGACCUGCAUCGGGACAAUCAGCAAAGCACAGGAGCCUUGUUGCCCUGGUGAUUCCAGAUAUCAGUCUGUAUUUUGUUAUUAUCUGAACAAGCCACUGAAAGUCACGUUAGCAGUUCUUUUUUUGCAAUAGAAUUGACUAGUUAACCUCAUAUUAUCACCAUGACAUCUAUUUCUAUUCAUUUUUAAGCCCCCCCAUAUUUUUAGAGCAUUUUAUUAGUACAUUGGAAGUUAAAGGAAUUGGGAUUCUUUACUUCCCUUUUAAUGAGACUUUCUUUGUGUACAAUUUUUGGAUCAUAAUAAGUUCUAUGGAACCAAUUACGAGAAUCUCCCCAUUGUAUAAUUACUUUGAUCUGUAAUUACCAGGAUGGACAUAGUUGCAGAAGAGUGCACUUUGAGAGUUUAAUUGGCCUUUAUUUAUUUUCCACUUUUAUCCUGUGAUUUACAUUGUAUCUCUCUUUCCACACUUACUACUGAAAGAUAUAUUAUUGUUCACUUAAAGAAUAAUCAAAUUUCCAUUAAUCAUAAAACUUAAUCUCGACAAUACUGUUAACAUCUAUAAACACUGUAAUAAAUAAAACAUUGCUUACCAGUAUGUCCCCAGCCUAAAAAAAAUAUUAGCCGUAUUGUUGAUUGGGUCGAGUGACCGCUUCACUGUAUAAGUGUUAGUUAUUAUUAUGGUUAUUGUCGUACUUUUUGUUGUUGUUUUAUUAUUAGUGAUUUCUUUUCUGAGAAAGAUACACCAUUUUAAUGCACUCUAGAAUGUGAUAAUCGUCAUCAAACUUGAAUUUUCCUAUGACUGGAUUCACCUACGAUGAAAACCGAUGCAUUGCAAAAGAUAAACACAGCAUCUCAGAUAAAGGCCCUGGACAAUGCAUCCUAUAAUUUAAGAUAGGGAGGUGAAUUUCUGCAUUUCACAUAUCUAUGCUGCACCAGUAGUGGUAAUACUAUUUAGUGUAUUCUGCUGACACUCAAGGCCUUCAGGUCAGUGAUCUAAGAAAUUGCUUUGCUAUAAAUUAGUCAGAACAGAACUGAAAUGAUGUGUCAUGAUAGGACUCUGCAGAGGCCGGAUUGCUCUGCGGCUUUGCUCAACCACAUGAUGACACACUUGCAUUGGCAGCUACUCCCUCACCUACCUUAUAAUUGUUUAACACAUUUAAUCCAGGAGAAUAAUAACACUGCUGGGAGUUUGUCAGGGAAGUCUGGCAUCUGCACACAUAACUCAAAACAUCACUUCUUGAAUUCAAUAUCAAAGGUUUUGUUUUUUUCUUUUUUAAAAAAAUCUGCAACAUGCCAGGCUGGUCGACUAAAGACAAAUUAUCAACAAAACACAACAUUAUUCCAUAUCUUUAUGGGGGUGACUAGACUACUGGAAUAUUACCAAGGUAAAUUAAAUUCAAAAGAAAAGGGGUAUAACACUAAAACCACCAAUGACGACGAUCACAACAACAACAACAAUAAUAAUAAUAAUAAUAAUAGUGCUUGAUAAAAAUUUACCCUUUCUCCUGAAUUUAAGGCUCCCCCCAUACAUCUAUUGAGGUCUUCCACCAGCCCCAAGUAUAACACUGUCAGCGUUGCGUCUCUGAGUAUCCUUACGGCACCUGCCUAGAUGUGAGACACGGAUAACGUCAUAUUCAGGAGAAGCUGAGAUGUGGCCGGGGAGAUGAGGUCAGACUAACAAUCUGAUAUUGUUACCCCAUUUGUGCUUAGCCAUAUCUAUAUAUCAUAGAUAAGGUGAAAUUCUUCUUUACAUCACACGGUUUCUUAAUUUCUGGAUUAAUUAGUAAUUAUACUUCUCAUUUUAAUAAAGAGAAAAAUUCUAAAUUUAAUAAAUUUGAGAGACAGUUGAUUUGAAAUGACAAGCUACCACGUAUAAGUACUGACUAGUGCUGAGGUAGGUAGCCCUGAUCCAGCAGUGCUGGUACCCAGCGGGUUUUCUGUCCUACCUAAUGAGUUACUAUCUGCCUGAGAUCAGCUGUGGUUCAUCAGAGACGAGGUAGGAUGGAAAACCUGCUGGAUACCGGCACUCCAGGAUCAGGGCUGCCUACCCCUGGACUAGUGAAUCAUGCAAGAGUCUAUAAUUACUGCAUUGCACAAAAAGCAUUACUGCCCUAAACAUUAGGUAAAAAACCACAGAGUGACCUCUAUCUCUAACUGUGUAGCAGGACUCAUCGUCAUUGCUUGCUAGCAUUUCACUCUCACUUCAUAAUGCUAAACUUCAGUUAAAAAAUCAAUUAGAACAUUACAAACCUUUAUUUUUCAAUCAUAUUAUCAAUUUUGACUUUAGUUCCUAACAUUUAAUAUGAAUGAAAUUCUUAAAUCCAUCUUUCCAGUAAUGUAAUCACAGUAAUAGUUUUAAUUCUCCUUUAAAGAUUCAGGAGAUUCAGAAUUUUAUAGGAUUCAACAUUUUUAAUUAUACAUUUGCACUUAACCUGUAUUUCAAAGAGCUCUCUGUAUCAGAAAAGAAAAUGCCGUGAAAUAGACACUUCUGUGAUGACAAGUAAUUAUAACGUGUGUGAUACGCAUGAUCGUAUUCAUAUGCCUUCAUUUUUUAUGUUUGUUUAACUCCUGCUGACCACAUUUUAGAACAAACUGAAUGUGAAUGAAAGCAAACAAAUAAAAUAAUAUAAAAUGUAAAUUCCAAAUAAUGUUCUUCUUUUCUAGUUUUAUUAAACUUUACAUAACAUGUUGCGCUAGGUGGUUAAUAUUCUGCUAAUUAGUUGUCCUGCAUUGUCAUCUGCAUGUGAUAAUUGCAACCACUGAAAAGCUAUACUGUACCUGUUCAUAUUAAUACUCAGUUUGUGUCCAACAGCUGCUGAAGAAAUCUGCUAUGUGUCCCACCCUAAAAUUGCAUUCUAGUUAUGUCCCUGUGCAGAAAAAGAGUAACUGCAAUUCAAAGACGGAAUCCAUUUCUGUAUUUUAGAAGCAGAUAUACAGAAAAAGAUAUAUAUUUUAGUACAUACUGUUGAUUCAUAUAUAUGUAAUAUAUGUAAACAUACAGCACAUUGAGAUGAAAAAAAACAAGAUGGAAAAUGGAGGCUUUGCAGUGGUUCAAAUUUGAAAUUAUUCAAAAAAGCAACAGUUUGAUAAAUUUGUAUUUGAUAAAAAGACAAUCUUUGCUGUUACAUUGAAAAAUAUGCAUAUAUUAAUGUGGGUGUGUGUGCAUUUGUAUAUGUAUGGGUGUGAAAGUGCAGGUGCAUGUAGGUAAUACAUGCAGGCAUUGUUAGUUGGUGAUUAACAGGACAUUGUUGUGCAAAAAUGAUUCUAAAAGACUUUGAUUACUAUAACUGCUUGUAAAUCAAUAUAAAUGCUUAUUUAUAUUGGCUAGUGGAGUUCACAACUGCUUUGAAGGAAUUUUUUCUUGUUAGUCAACAGUUCGAUGUAUUUAAUAAGGAAUAUGCUUUUAUUCCUUUGUAAAAUAUCUAAUCCACAAUCAGUGACUGUGUGGACGAUCGCUUUUUCAUAAUCAGACGAUGUGAUUCUUUUCUUGUCAUGACAUUUUACUUGAACCAUUAAAUAUUGUGUAUCUUGAUAAAUAUAAAA